ACAUACAGUAGUGUAUAGACUGCUAUACUCUGCCAUAAUAUGCUGUAUUAAAACAUUAUUAAUACUAGUGUUUAGUUACCUAUUGAUUGAAACUGUGUUUUUAAUGACAUAUUUUUGUUAAUUAAAUACAAUUGUAAUCUCUUAUAGACGUCAACAUUGAAUAACAAAUGUGUCUUCAGAUGGUUGACCACMAGUGAUGACAAUGAAUACAAUAACAGAGCGGUUGGGUAUCGGAGAUGAGAUACGAGAACUCAAGUUAGGACCCACUCUGACAUCAAAAGAUACCAACAAUUCAUUCCAUACCAUCAGAUAUGACUUUAAACCGGCAUCAGUUGAUAGAGAAAAGGCUGCUGUCCUGGAAGUGGAGGCCAAUAAUAAGGUGACAGUGAUGGCACCCAACACUGAGGGUUCGGGCACUUCAGAAACGGUAUUUAAAGGAUCCCGAAAAUCGCACCAAAAGGAGUGCGUUCUGAUCAUUGACCACAAGACAGGAGAAAUAACACUCGAAAAGUUGAAUCAAAAUAUAAUCGUUAAGAGGACACGACAACAGAACCCGAGUAAAACACAUAAACCUUUAAUUGGACGGCCAAACACACCGAUAGACAACAAGAAAUUAGUGCCACAUUUGUCUCAACAAAAGCCAAACUCUCCUCUGACUGCAAAUAAUCGCCAAAAUUCGCCAAAUAAUUCAAACGUCAAACAAAAAGCGUCUCCAAAUAAGGCCAACUCUAAUGGACAUUCAUUGAAUCAUUCAAAAAACAAGAGUCCGCCAGUGAAUCGGCCUAUCAGUCCUUCAAUGCCGACCCUAUCAUCUUUGACGAAGGCAUCCACAACUGCUUCAAAUUCCAGUACUAAUUUUGCUCAUAAUGUGAACUCCAAGCGUGAUAUUAAUAAUGAAUUGGGUUUGUCUGACUCUUCAAGUGAUUCCAGUGAUGCUGAAUCUUCCUCUAGUUCUAGUAAUAGUAGUAGUGAUUCAAGUAGUGAUGAAGAAGUGAUCAACAAACCAAACAGUGCUAAAAAACAUAUAACUAAUGCAAACUUGUCUUUGAACCACAAUAACAAUAAUUCAAAUAAACCUAAAGCCAGCAUAAAGUCAGACCAAUCUUCCAGUGAGUACGAGUCCGAUGAAGAUAUUAACACAAAACAGGUGUCCAAUACAUCCAAACACAGUGCAAGUAAUGGCAAUACAUCUGUUUUGCCAUCGAUGCCUAAAUUUAGUCAAUUAAGUGAAGAUCUUCGGUUGAGUGAAUCUGGAAGUGAUAGCGAUUGAUGUCUAAAACAAACCUAAUUAUCAUUGAGCAUAAAAAAGUUAAUUUUGAUUUAAUGUAUUUCCUAUUUGUAUUGUAUUAUAAUU